AUUUACUCUUCCCUUUGUCGUCUACAUAAUCUCUUCCUCUCUUUACUCUCCCCCCCCCCCCCCCAUCCCCUUCACUCCAUUUCCAUCCCCAGUCAUCCCUUACCCUGUUUUUUCUCUUCCUCCCAAUACACCUUAUCCUUAUCUUGCCCCACACUUUCCUUUCUUCUUCCUCCCACCCUCUUACAUUGCUGUCCCUGUUUUUCCAUUUUUUACUAUAAUUCCUCCACCUUCCUUGCCCUGUACAAAUCUUCUCCCUCCCUUCCCAUCCUUUCUGUACCCCCUAUACUUCCUCACUUUCUCCACCUUCCUUAUCCUUUCUUUCCCCUGUACUGCUUCCAGACUCCCUUCUUCCCUCCCUCCCCUAGGCACCAAAACAGAGAGGUAACCACGUUGUUCUUGCAGGUUUGGUGCGACCACACGACUAGCGGCGGCGGCUGGACGGUGCUUCUGGCGCGCAUGGAACAGACCAACCAGGAGGACUUCAGCAAGGGGUGGGCCGAGUACAAGGCGGGCAUCGGAGACCCUGCCGCCGAGCACUGGCUGGGUCUUGAGGCCCUGCACUACAUGACUAAGAGCAGAAACCAUGAGCUGCGAGUGAACAUCACGGACUGGAACAACAGCACGGCCUGGGCUGAGUGGAAGGAGUUCAGAGUGGCGCCCGAGAGUGAGAAGUACAAGCUAACAGUGGCACGCUACACCAGUGACUCCCACGCCGGGGACGCCCUCAAGUGGCACAAUGGCAUGAAGUUUUCCACUCCAGACCGUGACAAUGAUGUUCUCCUUGGUGGCCACUGUGCCAAGAAGAAUGAUGGCGGCUGGUGGUACCGAGGUUACCGUGGCUGCUACCAGGCCCACCCCACCGGUCGCUACCAGCACAACCCUGGAGACCCUCCCAAAACUUCCGUCACUUCCCGCAACUUUGAGCUCGGGCCAGUACUGGUGUGGCAGAACUGGCGGGGAGAGAGCUACUACCCCAAGACCCUGUUUCUCAUGUUCCGGCCAUCAUUAAACUAAGGGAACACUUGUGACUUGGAAGUGGAAUGCUCCCGACUGUGAGACGAUGUGUUAAUGCAUCAGGCAUAGAUGGGACAAGAUACUGCACAGAUGGGCUGCUGAUCUUAGUAGGAAUAAGAGUUCAACAUUAUUGUAUUAAGACUAUAAUUAGCUGUGAUGGGUAGAUCUGAGAAGGAUAAAUGACCUGUUGUAUCAUGUAUAAGACAGUUAUCCCCAUGAAAUUAAUGCAUCUAUAGCCUACCCUACAUUACAGUAACAUUUAAAAGAAUUAUUGUAGCUUGAGACUUGAAUAUGAAACAUGAUCUGAGAUACAAACACUCACAUAUGGAAAUACAAUAGAGAUAAGUUAAUAAUACACAGACCACUUAUUUUUUCAAAUAUGUCAGAGACGGAUAUUUUUAUGUGUUUUACAGUUCAAAUAUGAUGGGAUUAAAAAGCAAAAAAAUUUAGUACAUUGGUAAACAAUUUAUAUACUGGUCUUGUUUCCAUGAAAGUGGCAUCAAAGUUCAAAAUUACCUGCUCCUGCAAACCAAAACAUGUGUAGCACUUACUAUACAUACUGUUAACUAAAAGUGUUCUAAAGAGGAGCCUGUGGGUAACUAACCUGACACUGUUGAUUAAGUGCACAUAACAAAGUGGGACGAGAGGACAGAGUUCACCACCAGGCCAGUGCAAUACAAGUUUCCCUCAAGAAGCUUUAUCACAAGGCAGAAUCAAACAUUUAUCUCACAUGGGAAGUGUUCACUAGAAUGAGCCCUCUCCUACACAGUUCAUUAAUUUUCUAUACCUUUAAGGCCCAUUGUCAUGUCUCUGUACUGCCGUGUAUCUGUUGUGGUAGGCUUAUUGUAGCUCUUAGCUUGCAGGACCCCUCUCAGUUACCUGGAAAACUUGUCAAUAUCCUCCUUUUGGUUUUACUGACUCUUCCAAAGAUGUUAAAGCUGUAUUACUUAACCCAAAUAAAAUGAGUCAACUAGUAAUAAAAAAAUGGAUGAAAAAAAUCCUUGACAGUCCUCCAUAGACUCCACUUACUUCCUUACAAAUUUAAGAACACUUCGUUAUACUCUAUCAAAUAUAUUAUCUGUGGUCUUCAUUAAGGAAAAUUUAGAUCAUGAGAUUAGUCUUGGAAGGUUGCUUAACUAUUAAAUGUCUUUUAGUCACUAUCAUCACAUGUGUCUGUCAAAAUGUGUCUCACUAAAUCUUACAGCAGUCAGUUCCUUGCAAAACUGGUGAUAGAUGAUACAUUUGAAUGUGAAGAUCAACACCUUUUUUUUUAAGUAGUGUAUAACUCAACAAAGAAAGGUCCAGUAUUCUUUUCCAUUCAUUUCUCCAUAAUAUACAAGUUUUCAUGCUACCAAACAUGUCAUUCAGAUGUAAUGAAGUUCUCAAAUCUUUCUCAGUAUGCUACUAAAGUAAUUCAACACUCACUUCCAUAGUUCUAGCUACUGAGGUAUUACUUGUGUUUUCAACUCAACUUUCAUGAACAGUACUUAGCCUCUCUCGGUACUUGGUUUGACGCAUGGUAUUUCACACUGAACCAGAACACAAAAGAAACUCGUCCUGCUUCACACACCACAAGGACACACACUUCCUGUAGUGUUUCCCAGUACAAGCAAGCUCUUUCACCCCUCACACAGCCCAUAGUAGGGAGGGAGGCUAGGCCUAUGUAGUCUUAUUUAUCUAUUUAAAAAUUCUUUCUCCUCUACCUUUGAAAUCAUAUGAAGAAUUCAGUUAGUGCAUGCAUAUUAGAGAGUACAUAUUAACCAACAGGUAGCUGGUUUUUAGUCAUUAAUCUUAUGUCUUAUUAGUCUAUUUCUAAGACUUGUUUUUACAGUAGCUGAGUUCAAAAUACAUGUGCGUGUGUGUGUGUGUGGGUAGUUGUGUGUGGACAAGUCUUCCUUUAAUCACCUCUCAUUAGUGUCAUAAAUAAAUGUUAAAUGUGGUCAUGUUGAAUUACUAUUAUUAUAAAUUAUCAUCAAUAAAAUUUACCAACAAGAUUUUAGUACAGUCUGCUUUUGUUUAUCACUAAAGUGAUUAGUGACGUGCAUGUAAAUCUGUCCACAGCGACUCUCGAACUCUUUGUCAAUAAUGGGUUGCAAUAUUAAAGUCUGACUUUUAUUUGGAUAAAUUGAUGUAUUUACAGAGACUUGUUUCCUGGUUACCCUUAACCCAUUAUUAACAAACAUCACACUACAAUGAAGUUUACUGCAGUUAUAAUUAUGUUCACUGCAGCUGCAUAGUCCCCACUGCAUAUUUUGUCUUAAUACUUUAAUUAGCAAUAGAGAGCAUUUCAAAAUACUCCUAAUAAGUAUUUUCGUAGAUAUGGACCAAUUUUGUCACUUGAAAAAUAUCAAAUAGCAAUUUGGAAGAAAUUUCUGAGUUGAAUAACCAGAAAAUGAUAAGCCAAACAUAUGUGCCAAAAAUUAUAUUAGACUUAUGACUUACUGUAGGCCUUAAAUUGUAGUCCUGUCUUGUGAAUAAACUUUAUACUUAAAUUCA